AUGGACGACGACACUCAAAUCGUUCAGGACUCUGAAGAUGACAUCUCCAUCAAACCACGAAAACAAAGGCAACUACCUGCGUUGCUUCCUAGAUCCCAUGGAAGAUUCGCCAAAAUCACAAAGCGUAGGAUAAUUGAUGAUGAUGAACCCAGUACUCCAGGCCAACCAACGGCAGAACCUCCUGCCAAACGACAAAGAAAGCCUCGCCGUGAAAGCAAGAGUAGAUCUCCGACUCGCACUGUUAGAAAAAAGAAAGAGAAACUACCUGCAGCGCAACGAAGACGACGAGUUUCCACUUCAGUCCAACCUGAAGAAGCACAUUACGGCUCUCCUGGAUCAUUGGCAAGUGAUCUCGACCAUCAUGGAUCUGAUCGACCGUUAGAAGAAAGAGCGUUCACCGAAACUUGGCCCGAUCUAAACCCCAAACGACCAUUACCUCUACUUAAAUUCCCUAGAGCUGCCGGUGAGAAUCGGGAUCCUAGUGUUGGAGCAGGAAAGAAGGUGUCUGAUCAGGAUGGCGGGAUAAAAGAAGCUGAUAUUCCAGAGCACGCAACAAAUCGAGGACGACAUACGAAUAAAAGAACACCAUCUCCCGCAAAGUCAGCCGAUGGAGAUAUCAGAAUGGGUGAAAGCUCAAAUAGUGAUGUGCAGGAAAUCGACGGCGUGUUACCCCUACGAGAUGACUUUUUAGGGGUUGGUGAACCAACCGUAAUACCACCACUCAACAUCAACAUACUCAAACCAGUACCGAAACCCAGCUUUCGCAAAGUAUAUGUGCCUACACCGUUAGAUAACGACAGGUAUAUCGAACCACGUCCAAGCAGAGUCUCGUAUCGUGGAAAUUACAUUCAUUACAUUGAACCCUCAGAAGAUGAACUGGCUGAAAGAGUCGAAUAUGAUAUGGAUGAGCAAGAUAAGUCAUGGCUCCUCGCGUACAAUCAAGAAAGACGCGCAGAUGGUGCGCAGGAUGUUACCGAAGCUUUUUUUGAACUUAUCAUGGAUCGAUUCGAGAAGGAGUGGUUUGACUUGACGAAAGAUCUGGUCAAAGAAAUCAAAACUGAGAUGGAGUACCCGGAAGAUAUAACGUGUGCUGUUUGUGAUGAUGGUGAAGCUGAAAAUAGUAAUGCAAUUGUCUUUUGUGAUGGUUGCAAUCUUGCCGUACAUCAAGAUUGCUAUGGUAUACCAUUCAUUCCUGAAGGACAGUAUCUUUGUCGAAAGUGCAUGAUAAGUCCUGAAACACCUGUGUCUUGUGUUUUUUGUCCAAAUGAAGGUGGAGCCUUCAAACAGACAGUCACUAAUAGAUGGGCUCAUGUGCUCUGUUCCUUGUUUAUACCUGAAGUUGGCUUUCGCAACCCAACGUAUAUGGAGCCUGUAGAUAAUAUUGACAAGAUUCCCAAGAGUCGAUGGAAGCUGACCUGUUACAUAUGCAAACGGAAGAAAGGUGCAUGUAUACAGUGUGCGUCAAAGAACUGUUACAUUGCAUAUCAUGUCACUUGCGCUCAAAAAGCCAAGUUGUAUAUGAAGAUGAAGUCUCAUAAUCCUACUUAUGAUGACAAUUUGACCAAGACAUUUUGUGACAAGCACACUCCUCGUGAACAUCGAGACGAGUUUGAUAUUGAGGCUCGAAUCACUCAGAUCCAAGAAGAACUUGCCAUGGAUGAAGCCGCAAACCAUGGUUAUUCUCAUCACGGUCAUGAUCAUGGACAGGAAGAUGACGAGCAAGAAGUCAAAAAACGUCGCCGGAGUAAAGGCAAGGCGCGACGUAUAGUCGAAGAUGACGACACCAUGUCAGCUCCUCCAACUGAUCGUAAAGGUGGUAAACGAUUUGCACCCUCAAACGCUUCAAAGUCUGCUCAAGCACAUAGUACAGACUUUAUGCCCAAAGCUCCGGUCAUUCCUGCCUAUAUUCUUACUAUUGUUAUGAACGAAGUCAUCAAAGUCAACUUCAGAAAGAAGAAUGUCUUUAUUGAAGAUGUGGCUCGUUAUUGGAGUCUUAAACGUGAAUCGAGGAGAGGAGCACCCUUGCUGAAGAGACUUCAUUUAGAGCCAUGGACUGCAAAUGCUUCGGCACACAAGGAAGAUGAAAAGAUCAAGGCCCAGCGUUAUGAAGUCUUGACGUACAUUCGAAAAGACUUGGAACGUGCCCGAAUACUGGCUGAGAUGGUUCGUAAACGCGAACGUGAAAAGUUACGACAAGCUCAAGUGCAAAAGGAAUACUUCGAGAACAUGUUUUAUCCGCUAACAAAGACCUUCCGGUCAGUCCUGGAAGACAUGAGGAGGUUUGACAGCUAUCAAUUCUUCCAUAUCCCAGUUCGUGCUGUUGAUGUGCCAGAUUAUUACGAUGUUAUCAAAGUCCCAAUGGAUUUCUCGACCAUAGAGAAGAAAAUUGAUAAUUAUGAAUAUCGUUCUAUUGCUAGCUUCGAGGCAAGUCUUGACGUGUCAAACCAUGAAGCUGAUGUCAAUUUGAUUUGCUCAAACUGUAUGAUAUAUAAUCAAAAGGACACCGUCUAUUAUAAAACUGCUCAACGUCUCCAAAAGAGAUUUGAGUAUGUUUUCCAACAAUUGGCCGAAAGAGUCAGUCACUGGCAUACACGCGGCGAUACCGGUAUUUUGGAUGUGCCAUUCGCUCCUCAAAUGAUGGCAUAUGGACCUUCAGCAGGGUUUGUGGAUCCAACCGAAGAUGCCGAACGUAUUGCACGUGUUGAAGAACGUAUACGAAAGGAAACUAUAGAAGAUGCUGCUCUAGCUGUAGCUGAAACAGAAGCAGUCGCGGCUGCAGAAGUUAUCGCUAAGAGGAGAGCGGAGAAACAAGCUCUUCGAGAGCAAGAAAAACAACAAGAGAAACUGGCAGAUGUAGUAGCUGCAUUAACAUCGCCACGAGCUCUAAGAAAUCGUAUAUUUGUUGACGAGAUGGGGUUAGUAGUACCAGAACCACCUCCAGCUGCCAAGAGAGCCUCAUCGCCGUUAAAACAGGUAUCGUCUAGCAGCAGUAGUAGCAAACCCUCAGACGCUGUUAUGAUGGACGUUGAUAUACCCAUGCAAAAUGGCCAUCCUCUCGCUAAAAGAGCUCGUACUAAGGCUACUCCAGACGCCGAUGUUGUCAUGUAUACGCCACCUAUAGAAGCAUCUCCCAAGUCACCAGUACUGCUUCCUAAAUCACCAGAAAUACCAUCUAAAUCACCAGAAGUAUCACCUAAAACACCAGCCAGGCCACUUAAAUCAUCACAUGUACGAGCUCAAUCACCAGCAGUCUCUACUACUCCGCAAUCGCAUAUAGUAAAGUCACCUAAACCAGAAGAUGCUGCCAAUAAGCCAUCUACAGAACCACCUGUAAAACCUGUAAAAGCUGUACCUCAACCAGUACAGAAAGUUUCAGCACCCACAGCGAAACGAGCAAGUAACAAAACAGCACAAAGGAAAGCCGCAACAGCAUCACCAUCACCAGGACCAGUAAAAUUAUAUCCUCCAGAUGACCUGCCAAGGCCAUCUCGACCCACUCCAGAAUAUGAAGCAGCCGUAACAAAGUUAUUGUCUGUCGCUAUCGGGUCUGGAGGUUCUGGUAAGAGGGCAGUGCUAGUCAAACCUUGGGGCGAGGCGGUACCAGUAGAGGUUAUGGACAAAUUCAUUCCAUUUGAUGAGAAUCCAAUGCUAAUUGAAAUGAUAGAGGAUCUCGAUCGUGCGGGUUCUCGCAUUAUGUAG